GCCUUCAAUUCGCACGAAACCAACGCACGUCUAUAGUAUGAACUCCUAGCGCACCCACUUAAGCAAGUGUUUGACGACCGGCGCUUGCGCGCUACUUAUCAGCGUCGCAUUUAGAGCGGGAGCGCGGGUCGUGUUUGGAAAUCUCGCCCGCUAUGUUUUUGCGAUUUGAGGAGUGGACACGAUGUGGGCGCCUACACUUAAGGACCUGCUUGACCGACUGGGAUAUGAACGAGGAACUGAACCUGAGCACGACCACUGAUCAGUUCUGUACAGAUGAGAAGCUGAAUGAAGAGUAUCUGACAAGAUGGCACUUCUUCCGCUCUCCCAGGUACACCAGUUGUGGACUGGAGGAGGACGAGAUUAAACUGAGCGGUGACACAGAAGAGCCCCCAUUCAAGCCCAGCUUGUGGUUGAUGGUGGACCCCAAGCUGGCAUGUUCCAUUCAGUAUCCCAACAUGUCCAUGUCUGACGCACAAAAGUGUACAUUGCCCUACGUGGAGUCACAACCUCUUUCUCCUCCUCUCACUCCUCUACCGACAACUCAAAUCCUGAAAGGACCUGAUUGGAUAUUGGAGGAGUCCUUCAUCUCUGCAUCUCCCUGUACAGAGUGUACGUUCACAGAGGGUGAUGAUGAUACUUCUGAUGCACAAGAACUUCAAGCAGUGAAAUCGAGAUGUACCCCAAAACUAAAAACUAAAAGAAGAGGACCCAGAAUAAGUAAAUCCAGGAGGCUUCAUGAGCGUAUUCUGCUGGAGAAAGGCGGUUGGCUGCGUCCACCAGUUAACUACUGCAUUCUGAUUGCCAUGGCACUGAAUUGCAGCAAAAAUGGCAGCCUGAACGUGCAGCAAAUAUAUAACUUCAUGCGAGAGCACUUUCCAUUUUUUCGGACUGCACCAGAUGGCUGGAAGAACACCAUUCGUCAUAAUCUCUGUUUCAGCCACAGCUUUGCGAAGACACCCCAGCAGGUGUCUGACCAAGGCAAGCGCAAGUCGUGCCUGUGGAGGCUAACACUGGAUGGGCGCUUCCGUCUGCGCCAGGAGAUCCAUGCCCUUUCAGACGGCUCUUUCGAGAUGCUACGGAGGAGCAUGACUGAUCCAGGUAAAAUAAUCAUGGGGAAAGACUGGAUGUUGUUUCAAAGUGGAGGAAGUAAAUCUCUUUAAUGAAAAUGGUGCAGAGACACCCAUUCCUGGGGCAAAGCUGACUGUCAUCUUACAGACUUAAUCCUCUGUUUAUUUUUCUUAUUUCUUGCAGAUCUGGUCAACAAUUUAUUUCAACUUUGAAUUUGCAGAGCAGUAUCUUAAUAUUCAGUGAAUAUUCACGAUGUUUUUUCAAAAGUGUGCAGUGUUUUUUUUUAUUUACAUUUGUUUAAUUUAUUCAUAAAAUAUUUGAAUAAGGCUUUGUGCCAUACUAUUAAUUUAAUGUUUUGAUUUAUUGAGGGGGGAAGUGAGGGGGGAAGUGAGGGUGGUUUCUUUUACUAAGUCACCAGCUUGACUACUUGUUUGGCACUUGCGUAUACACAUAAAUCAAAUGCUGAAGCUGGAAGUUCUUAUUUUAGGCUGUGUUUGGAUGGUCCAGUUAGAGUACCACUUCUUUGGCCAGUUAGUCUUAGUUUUGGAGUUCAGCUCUUUUGUGCUCACUUAGUCCAGAGAUUUACUGUCGUGUAUAUUUUCUUGUUAUGAUUGUACUUGUUUUGUUUUUUUCCAAGUUUACUUUCCUGUUGAAAAAUGCAAUUUGUGAAAAGAUUAAUUACAAGGUGAUGUUUAUCAGU